GUGUGCUCACACACCUUCAUGUUCCGUUAAUGUAGAGGUGGCCGCGGUGUGAGGACAGCUGCUGGACUGUGUAAUGUUGUUAGCUUCACUGUUAGCUCAAGCCUCCACCUUCCUCCGGUGGCGUCCAUCCAUCUUCUUUGUGCCAGCAGCAAUGUACCGUGCGUGCUCCAGUCUUUGCACAGCUCAGAUCUCCACUGUGUACUAUUAACGCGUUUGUCAGCAGAAUGAAUGUUAAUGUAUUCAAAUAAGUCAACAGUUUAAGAUGGAAGAAAACCAGUAUACAUCAUUGACGGUUCCUACGGAUUAUUUUCAGCAGUGGUAUCAGUCCAGCCAGCAGCACCCCGAGGCGCAGUAUGAGAUGCCCUAUCAUAACAUGGGACAUUACACAGAUGGUCCCAGAGAUGAGCCUGUCAUGGCGGAGCUAUCUGUCCACCGAGAGCCGACUGUUUACCAGGAACCUUUUUAUCAGAACUGUCCCCCAGCCCCGAACCACUACCAGGAGCCUGUCUACCAGCAGAACAUAAGGGAGCAGCAGCAUCAUCCUGCACACCUGCACCACCCUCAGCAUCAACAUGCAGUACAGGAGCAGAGUGUUCAGCACCUACCUCAGCCUACCGCACCACCUCAAGUUGUGACGCCAGUGAAGAAGAAGCGAGGCCGGCCUCCUAAGCAGCAGGUUGAGGACGGCAGGAUACAGGAGGAGGACGAUGAGAUUGAGGCCGCCAAAAAAGCCAAGAGGGCUCUCAACCGCUUCAACGGCAUGUCAGUGGCUGAGGUUAUGGCCAAAACACUGCCGGACGUUAUCACCUACAAUCUUGAUAUUUUGAUAAUUGGAAUUAAUCCAGGACUGUUGUCGGCCUUCAAAGGCCACCAUUACCCAAACCCAGGAAACCAUUUCUGGAAAUGUCUGUUCCUUUCUGGUCUAACUGAGCAGCAGCUCAACUAUAUGCAUGACCAGAGCCUGCCGGAGAAUUAUAACAUCGGCUUCACCAACAUGGUGGAGAGGACCACACCUGGCAGCAAGGACCUCUCCAGUAAGGAGAUCCGUGAAGGAGGUCGACAGUUACUUGACAAGCUGCAGAAAUACAAGCCAUUAAUAGCAGCUUUUAAUGGAAAAGGUAUUUAUGAAAUCUUCUGCAAAGAAAUCUUCGGUGUGAAGGCAAAGAAUCUGGAGUUUGGUCUUCAGCCCUACAAAAUCCCUCAAACUGAAACGGUGUGCUACUUGAUGCCAUCGUCAAGUCCACGCUGUGCCCAGUUUCCCCGUGCACAGGAUAAGGUGCAUUUCUACGUCAAGCUGAAGGAACUGCGAGACCAGAUGAAAGGCCUGGCACCAAGCCAUGAGGUGCAGGAGACACAGUACUCGUUCGAUCUGCAACUAGCUAAAGAGGAUGCUAAGAGGCUUGCAAUCAAAGAAGAGCAGGUGGAUCCAGAGUAUGAAAGCUGUAGCGGGCUGCCUGACAACGUGAGGCAAAACAGCAACAUCCCAAACUAAAGGAGACUGUGGAGAGGUGAAAAAACAGGCCUGUCUGCAGUAGCACACAGAAACGGACAUUGGAGGCCAUCAGUGGAGAACAUGACACAGAAUCACUGUAGCUGGAGAUGUUUGAGCAACAGAUACCAGCUGUACAAGUAGCAUGAUGCAUCAGUGAGGUGAAGAAACCCUCCGAUGUCACCACAAGAGCAGAGGAGUCAUACAUCCCUGUGGCAUUGCAAUGUGACGCACAAGGGAGGAAGUGCCCACAACAAUUACAUUUUCUAACUCUCAAACAGACUGCGCAUGUUUUUGGUGUUAUUUUUUAUCACUAUUUAUUGCAUUUUGUAUGGUAUGUGUGUCCAGUGACUUAUUUUUGUAUUUUGAAGAAUGGCAUAUGAUUUAUCAGCUGUAUAAAUAUGUAAUUGUACUCUGGGAUUUCUAAUCUGUACUUACAGAGUUAUUAAAUCUCUUCUAAAGACGGUA